AUGGCUUUUGGUAUUGCUCCGAGAGGCUUCACAUUUGCAAGUGGACCGUCUUCCGGGUGGUUCGACGUCAGCAUUCUCAACCGCGAGGGGCGCGAGGGUGGCCGCAGGCAGGUCGUGGAUGUCCAGCUCUUGGCUCCUGCGCUUGUUCUCUUGGGGCCUUGUCUGAACGUCUUGAUCAGCUUCGAUAACGUUAAUUACCUGUGGCUACAACAUGGUCCGAUUGUCCCACAGUUUAAGCUGCAAUAUCCCUUUGAUAAGUGUGCACGGACACAAACACGUACACACGCCUUUCCACAGCGGUGCGAGGCGACCGCCGGCGAGGCGAGGCAAGAACAUGGCAUCGCGGCCACAGAGAUACAGGCGUGGACGCACCGAAUGCACGGCCUCCUGCAGCUCGUGGAGGAAACCGCCCUGGCCAACCUGCACGCCGUCAGCAAGAAGCUCAGUGCCAGGCUGGCGCAGAUGGUCGUUAAAAUAGAUGACGAAAUUAGGGAACGUGAAGACCUCCGAAAGCAGGCACGCAGUGUACUUAAUGGCAACAUAUCUGGUAUUGAUCUAGAGAAGUUUAUAAAGCACUUAAAGGCCCUGGCAGAGAAUUAUCCAGUGGUGCAUGACUCGAGUGAUGCCAAGGUUGGGUUGUAUGUGUGGGAGGUGGUCAAUGAACUGGAGGAGAUUGUACAGGAGAUCAUUCCAAACUGCAUAAGAGUUAUUGACACCCAUGAUAGGUUUUCCCUGAUCUCCAAGCAUGAUGAGCAAAUACAGGGAGAGGCAGAGGGAGAGGGCGAUGGAGACAUAUCUAAAGAGAUAGAGAGUUCAUUUCAUGAUCUCCAGCCAGUAAAAGUCCAUCCUGAAAAUGAUGGUGAUAAAGAUGAUUCUGCCAGCAAAACUGAACCCACAAAAGCAAUUGCAGCAAUUAGUGGUACCUUGGAAUCAACUCCAAGUAGCCAUGAGCCCAUCAAUAAUCCUGCAGUCCGUGACUUCAAUUACAACUUUACAGAUAUUCCUGCCAAUGGUGAUGAUGUGUGUAAAGUUUCAAAAGACUGGAAAAGUCAUGGAGCAAGGCCUAAGGUGUGGUCCUUGAGGAGUUUGCAGAAAAGUGUCUCCAUAUCAAGCUUACACUCACAACCAUCAGGUGUUACAACUUCAGUUCAGCCAUCAAAAAAUGCUACAUUUGUAAUAAAUGAUGAGGUGAUUGUCACUCAUAUUCAGAAUCCAUCGGUAUUCUACAUUCAGAGACUAGCAGAUUCAUCAAAACUACAAUUGAUGUCAAAAGUGAUUAAUCUGAUUGCCAGGGAAAGUAGUGUUUUAGCAGCAAAUCCUGUUGUUGGAAAACUGUAUUUGGCACAGUACACUAGAGACAAUGUCUGGUAUCGAGCUGUUGUAACUUCUGUAGCAAUGGAUAUGAAAGAAGUAUGUGUUAAGUAUGUGGAUUAUGGAAACAGUGAAAUUCUCAAAGUGAAAAGACUUCGGCCAUGUCCACCAGAGUACAAAUUGGAAAGAUUCCCAGCAUUUUUGUAUGCUUGUGGACUGUGGGAGAUUUUGCCCUCUAAAGGAAAUCUUUGGGAUUCAGAUGCCAUUAAUGUAUUUGCUGAACUUGUGAAUAGUGUUCAUUUGAGAUUGGUCCAUGUUGAAGAUAAAAAAAGUGAAACAGGAAUUUACCAGGUAGAUCUUUGGAGACCAUCAACUGUAGCUGGCAUAGCUAAUGAUGGUCCUCUCUCCAUCCGAGAAGUUCUCAUCUUCCUAGAGUGUGCUAUUUAUGCCAAUUUUUCUGCACAAGAUAUGCACAAUAAGCAAGCAGCAGCAAUCUGGAAGAGGUCAUAUUUUCGCCAAGAGGUUCCUUUUGGGGAAGAUGGCACCAGUGUGUUACUCUCCAGUCUCACAACACCACAUGACUUCUGUCUACAACUUGCUUCAUAUGCAACUCAUCUCACCAAGUUGAUGGAGGAAAUACAAAAGCACUAUAGGUCCCCUAAAGUGGCUGCUACUGUUGAUUGGCGCAUUUAUGCACCCCGAAUUGGGAUGCUAUGUGUUGCCUUGUAUACAGGGGAUGACAAAUGGUACAGGGCCGUCAUUGAAGACAUUCCUGAAAAGAAGCAGGUGGAUGUAAGAUAUGUUGACUAUGGCAAUAAGGAAAGGUUGUGGUACAAGCAACUUUAUAAGAUAACAGAAGAUUUCUUGAAGUUGCCAGCCCAGGCUAUUAAGUGCCGUCUACAGGACAUCAAUCCUAUUGGCGACAGUUGGCCUGAAAAUGCUGCUGACCACAUGGCCACUAUUUGUGAUGGCAAGGAUUUGCAGGCAUUCUUCCAUACUUGUGAAAAUGAUGAGUGUCUUGUUAGUUUGAUGGUCUGCACUCAAGAGCCUGAAGAUGUUGGGGAACAAUUAAUGGAGCUGGGAGUUGCAGAAGCACCAGAAAACUUCAAGAUCCACUAUCAGAAGAAUCAGGCCUUACGUCUCAUGCUCGGGGGUGAAAUGAUGCAGAACCAGAGGCAAGGCAGGUCUAAAAGAGCUCUGCAACAGCUCAAACAAAUGCAGGCACCAGUUUUAAAACCCGGUGCAGUCUGUGCUGGAAAACGGUGUGUUCUAGUGGAGUUCUUGACGGCAUUGUCAGUUUGUCGCAUCCAGAUACGUCUUGCUUCCCAUGCAGUAAUUUUUAGAGAUUUGCAAAAUCAGUUGGAUGAAGAACUUAAUCAAAUCUCACAGCCAGCACAAUUCAAGCCAGCUCUUGGAGAAGUGUGUGCCAUCAAAAUGACACAUGCACCCUUCUGUGCUCGAGCCAGGGUUAUAAAGUAUGAUCUUGACAGUAUUCAGGUGUUGAUGGUGGAUUGUGGUGGCAUGGAAUGGGUAAAGUAUUCUCAGGUGUUUCCAUUGCCUGAGAGAUUAGCAAGUUAUAAAAAUCUUGCCCUGAUGGUGAGCUUGGCAGGAAUUGCACCACCGAUGGGAAAGAGUGGAUGGCCUGGUAUCACUUUUGACCGUCUAAAAGAAGAAUUGUCAACACGCAGUAACCUUUACAUGAAGCGCAAGGGUCGGUCAUUGCUGGACCCUGAAUUAGGGGUCAAAGUGAUGCCAGUGGAGCUAGGCUGGAUGCAGGAGGAAAUUGGAGGCCCUUUUGAACCCAACACUGUCCUUACCCUCUCUAUCAAUGAGCUGUUGAUUGAGUGUGGUGUAGCAUUACCAGCCAAGUCAGUUCAACCAGAUAAUUUGACUGUUGCUGAAAAGAGCACUCUUGCUGAUUCAACAUGUACACUCACCUAUGAAAGAGCCCUGAGUUGUGAAGACUUUUGCUUACAGGAAGCUGAGAGUUUGAGUAUCCUUUCAAUGUUAGUUGACCAAGAAAAAAUGCCUUGUGAUACUAAAGAGAACACAUGUGCAAAGUUAAAAGAGUGGCCUGCAAGCCCUCUACCUGCUUCUGCCACUUUUAAUGCCAUUCCUUCAUAUGUUGAUUAUGAGGGCAUCAUCUACCUACAGCCUGUUGCAAAUACACGAAACAUUGAGUUAAUGAGAGAGAGCCAAACAAUGCAGUUUACCGGGACAGUUGCAACAGACGAGGACCUAUGUUGGAGUCCGGGAGACCCAGUUAUUGCCAUGUUCCAUCUGGAUAAAAAGUGGUACAGAGCUACAGUCCUUCAGGUACACUCCCAUGGUUCCAUUGCUACUGAGUAUGCAGAAAGGGUAGCUUAUGUGUAUUUCAUCUCUGAACUAUGUGCAAGGUUUUUCCUGUGGGACAAUGUCAUAACUCUGGCAAAACUUUGGCAACUUCUUUCCCUAAUGGGGUUGCCUAGGCAGGUCAUCAUAGAGGUUCGGGAGGAAGAUGGAAAUGUCAAGGUGCAGUUUGUUGACUAUGGCAAUGAAGAAACAGUGAUGUUCAGUCAGUUACGGCAAACCAUCACAUUUAGCCAUAUCCCAAUUCAGUGCCAUAGAGCUGUGUUGCAUGGAAUUGCUCCAAACUCAGUGAAUGAUAAAUGGGAAACAAAACUUCUAGACUUCAUUCAUAGCACCAUAGUUGAGAAAAAGUGUAGAGUACAAGUUAUAGAGAAGCCAAAAGAGGAUGGAUUACUUAAGGUGAACUUGGAAAUAUUGGAUGUUGCAAUAGAUCUUUCAUCCUUGUUAGCAGACAAAAUGAAGGUGUGCAGGCGAGUGUCAAAGAUUGAGCCUCUACCAGAAUAUGAAGAUAGUGUUGAUGUGGUUGUUGAGAGUGAUGUAUCACUAGACUCGGUACUGGAUUUAUCUCUGCCAGUGCCGGCUCUCAAACUGCCAAGUGAUCCUAGUGAAGUUUUUCCAAUCAAAGUCAGUGCCAUCAAGGAUCCCUCUCAUGUAUAUAUUACACCAGUGUUUAUUGGCAUAGGACCGUUAUCAGCAACACAAAAAUUAGCAGAAGAAAGUUUUAAAGCAAACUCAAGUUUUAUUAAACAAGCUGCAUGUGACAUAAAAGCCUACUCAGUUGUAUCAAAUCCUGUGAUAGGUGAGAUGUACCUUGGAAGAUCCCAUAGAGGUGAAUGGUGCAGAGUGCAGGUUAAAAAUGUUGAUCCAGCUGGAAUUACUGUCCUUUAUAUAGACACUGGAAAUGUUGAGAGGAUACCACAAAACUGGUUGGUUAUGUGUCCAAGUAAAGGAAAGAAAAUCCCAGCAAAUGCCAUCUGUGUAAAUUUGCAUUGUGUAGAGCCACGAGAUGGACCUCAUGCUCCUUGGGAUGAAGAUGCUUUGAAGUGCAUAAGCAGUUGCUUCAUGCAUUCAGAUGACCAAAAAUUUUAUGCUGUAGUUAAGGAAGAAGGAACUCCUCCUGUUGUAGAAAUCUACAGAGUGGAUGAACAUGGAACUCGCACCCUGGCCUAUGCAGAUGCUAUAUCAAAAGGACAUAUAGUUCUAGGGAAAGAAAUGAAAGAAUAAUAUUUUUUAUAUACAUAAUAUAAAAAGAAUUACAUAAUUCCCCCUCCCCCCAAAAAAAGAAAAAAAAAAUGCAUUUUAUAAUGUUUAAAGUUUAAGUCAAUUUUUGUAAAUUGUCUAUAGAAACUAGAACAUAUUUUAUUAUUUUCUUAAAUUUCCCUGCCUUUCUCUCAGGCAGCAGAAAGAAAUAUUAAUAUGUUGUGAAAUGAUGAUUAUCCAUUUUCACUUAUUUGUCCCACCAUUUUAUUUUCACUGUUUUUAUGUACAUGUAUGAUCAGAUUCACAUUGUUUUGUUUACAUAUUCCCAGUGAUUUGUACU